CUCGCCCUAUGGAUGGCCUUGUGCACCUGCUUGGAUGACUUUGCGUUGGAAGCAGAUGCCAUGGCUGGAUUCGCCGAACGUUUCCACGCUGGCCACGAGCAACUUCACCCGCUGCUUGGCUUGCUGGUGGAGAAACUCCGCCAGAUGCCUGAGUUCUUUCACUCCUACGGUGCCGCCGCCGUCGUCGCCGGUACCGUGCAGUUCGUCAUCUGUACGGUGAUGGAAAAGAAGACAGAGACCAUGGAAGUACAUCCAGCAGCCCGCGAGUAUCCAGUGUACAAGCGCUUUCGCACUGGGGUUGGCGAGGCGAGUGCGUUCUGCAUCUGGGACAAGGCCCAUUUUCCGGAGGUGUCCACUCAUAUUCAAAUGAUACCGGAUGCAAGCAAAUGCGUUUGCUAUGUCAACGAUCUGCUCUCCUUCUAUAAGGAAGAGCUCAUCGGCGAGAAGAACAACUUUAUCCAUGAUCGUGCCCGCGUCGCUGGCACGGGCGCCGAGCAUGCACUGACGGAUACACUCGAAGACGCUGUGAAUGCCGUCAACGCAGUUCAAGAGAUCCUGCAGGGCGAGGAUGAGAAGAAAUCAUGGGAGAGCUUCGUGACGGGAUAUGUGGCUUUUCAUUUCAUGACUCCCCGCUACAAGCUGAAGCAGUUAUUCAAUGCAUCAGAUUAGGCUCAUAUGCCCCACGCUCCGUCGACCGUUUUGACGGGGGAUCAGUGCGCUUGCGUUCAAAUAUGUGUACAAUUACCAGGCUUUGAAU